CGGUCCUCCCUUUCACUUCCGGUCCCUUUCUUUUACGUUUCCGACAAAACAUCAGGCUCUGUGGGCAGUUAGAAUCCUCAGUUCCUGCGAGCGUCGGCUUCGUCCGGGCACUUCCGGUACUCUCGUUCACUUCCUGUCCCUUUGUUUUACGUUUCCGACAAAACAGUGUGGGCAGUUAGAAUCUUCAGUUUCUGUGAGCGUCCGCUUCGUCUGGGCACUUCCGGUACUCCCAUUCAGUUCCGGUGCCUGUCUUUUACGUUUCCGGCAAAACAUCAGUGUCUGUGGGUGGUUAGAAUCUUCAGGUCCUGUGAGCGUCGGCGUCUUCUGGGCCUGUGGAGUUUGUUGGACAGGGGCCGCGGGGCUCCAGGACGGCGCCCUUAGCGACACCAUGGCCCGAAAUGCAGAAAAGGCCAUGACGGCCUUAGCAAGAUUUCGCCAGGCUCAGCUGGAAGAGGGAAAAGUGAAGGAACGAAGACCCUUUCUGGCCUCAGAAUGUACUGAACUGCCUAAAGCUGAGAAGUGGAGACGACAGAUCAUUGGAGAGAUCUCUAAAAAAGUGGCUCAGAUUCAGAAUGCUGGUUUAGGUGAAUUUCGAAUUCGUGACCUGAAUGAUGAAAUUAACAAGCUGCUAAGGGAGAAAGGACACUGGGAGGUCCGGAUAAAGGAGCUGGGAGGUCCUGAUUAUGGAAAAGUCGGCCCUAAGAUGCUGGAUCAUGAAGGAAAAGAAGUCCCAGGAAACCGAGGUUACAAGUACUUCGGAGCAGCAAAAGAUUUGCCUGGUGUUAGAGAGCUGUUUGAAAAAGAACCUCUUCCUCCUCCCAGAAAGACACGUGCUGAGCUCAUGAAGGCAAUCGAUUUUGAGUACUAUGGUUACCUAGAUGAAGAUGAUGGUGUUAUUGUGCCUUUGGAACAGGAAUAUGAGAAGAAACUCAGAGCCGAGUUAGUGGAAAAGUGGAAAGCAGAGAGAGAGGCUCGGCUGGCAAGAGGAGAAAAGGAAGAGGAGGAGGAAGAGGAGGAAGAGAUCAACAUCUAUGCAGUCACCGAGGAGGAGUCGGAUGAGGAAGGCAGCCAGGAGAAAGGAGGGGACGACAGCCAGCAGAAGUUCAUUGCUCACGUCCCUGUUCCCUCGCAGCAAGAGAUUGAGGAGGCACUGGUGCGAAGGAAGAAAAUGGAACUCCUCCAGAAGUAUGCAAGCGAGACCCUGCAGGCCCAAAGUGAAGAAGCCAGAAGGCUCCUGGGGUAUUAGGACCCAGCUGGGCUCUCCUUGGAGUUCUUCCAUCCCCCAGUGGUACCUCAGGACCCAGGGCUGCAGACACAGGCUGGUGCUGCAAGGGCUCCUGCCCCAUUCUCAGCCUUCCUUCCCUCUCCUUGUCUUAUGUUGACCGGAGGGUAGGGGUCUGUCCCUGGUCUUCCUGGUAGGUUUUGUACACAUAUUUUGCUACUGUGUGGAUCCAUUUAUUUUUAUUGUGUAGUGUAUACAACAGGUUGCGAACUGGCUGCCUGUGUCUUAUUUUGACUUGUACUGCGAUUUUGAGGGGAGAAGAAUCAAUUAGUGGCAAACAUUUAAAAAUGCAAUUUUUUGCAGACCAAAGUAUAAUUUUAAAAAAUGCAAAUUUUCUAAAAGACACAUCUCUUGAAAAAUGAGAUGAUGUGGCCAGGCGCAGUGGCUCACGCCUGUAACCCCAGCACUUUGGGAGGCCGAGGCGGGCGGGUCAUGAGGUCAAGAGAUGGAGACCAUCCUGGCCAACAUGGUGAAACCCCAUGUCUACUAAAAAUACAAAAAAAUUAGCUGGGCGUAGUGGCAUGCACCUGUAGUCCCAGCUGCUUGGGAGGCUGAGGCAGGAGAAUCACUUGAACUCGAGAGGUGGAGAUUGAAGUGAGCCAAGAUCGUGCCAUUGCACUCCAGCCUGGUGACAGAGUGAGACUCUGUCCCAAAAAAAAAAAAAAAAAAAAAAGAUGGUAUGUCAGCCCUGAGCACGCAACCCACAAGUCAAUGACCAGGUCCCUCUGUGUUGGUCGCUGCUCUGGGCUCUCUGUUAGCCCCCCUCCACCUGCUCCACUCGCUCCUGCCUGGGUGGCAGGAAUUUGAGUUUGCUAUUCCUGUUUUAUAACCUGUUCUGCAGAAACCUAUUUUUAUUAAAGAUUUUUAUAAGAAAGGGAAA